AAAAGAAGAGAGAAAAAAACCAGCACGCGAUUAGUCGUAGUUACCUCCCGUUUACGCAGUCUAGCUCCAACUUUCAGGUACUCGCCCAUAUUUUUUAAUGGGAAGCUGCUUUUGAGAGCAUAUCAACAUGACUUUCCUCGUCAUGUUUCCGAAGCUCGCCUCGAUAUCAUGUGGGCUCCCAAUCUUCCUUCCCCAAGCUUGUGCCCAUAGUCGCUUCUCUUUUCUACUUUGUUGAUUCUUCACUGCUUCUUUCUCUUCUUCUGCAUCACCACAACAUCGCCGCCAUCAGCUUUACAGGUCCGAGCAUCAUUCAUUUCAACCAGCUACAGUUCCUCUCCAUACCGGCACUCGAGUUGCCUUUACUACCAUCUUUUGCGACAUCUUCUUCCUCCCCAAGCUCAUUCUCUGCUCAGCCGCCAUUAGCCAGUUCCUCGACUAUGAAUCGAUUACUACCACGCAACCAUGUGUCACUGCUCGACAUCUGAAGAUGCGGAACUUAGCCUCCUGCGCUUCUCGCUAUGCUUACCAGGUGCCGAUGGCAUCCCCAAGCCCAGAACACCCGGUGACCAACAAGUGGCAUGGCUUGUGAGCCCUGCCAGUCUAGAUGCUGAUCCGUCGACACCCGAAGACUCUGGCUGGAUUUGCGGCAUGUAUGCUCGAGCCUGGGCUCGGUUGGAAAUGGCCAUCUAUGGCCAAGACGUGGAAGAUUCUCAAGAGAUUGCCUUUUGUUAUGGAGAUGCUAUUACUUUUGCCGCUUGCUUACCCUUCUAUGGCUUCACUAUUGGAUCACUUCAAUAUGCUGUCCGCAGUUAUUUUGGGCUUGAAGGAACCAGGAGACAAGAUUUCAGCGAUGGCUGCUGCUUUCCACGCGACACAAUUCUGAGGAACGAGCAAGAAAUUAUUCUUCGUGAGAGGCUCCGCAGGGCCCCGGAGGAGAAGCCGCAGCCGCCAUAUGGCUGCUAUGAUCAAAUGCUCUAUCAAUCUCAGUCAGAGCAACAGCAGCAGCAACAGCAGCGCGCUGUCCGAGGAGAUCAAGCCCAAGUCCCUGCUAGCGAAAACAAGACAGCAGCCACGAAUGCCAACGUCAAGCCCUCACCAGCCAAAGUACACUCUGUGCAUGAGGAUGUUCGCCAGCCCACUCAAACCAAUCGACGAGCUCCGCACACUCUGGAAGAGGAUCUCGCCACUCCGGCCAAGGCAAAACGACAGGAGCACACCAUUCAUGAUGACACCGAGACAGCGACUCCCGCGAAACCGGUGCCCCACGAAUUGGGCGCAACAUCGUUGAAGGCUGGGCAGUGAAAAAAACUGAGUACAUCAUGUUGUUCCAGACGACAGCAUCGGGUUGCAAAUGGAUCAAGUGAAUUCGGCGGUGAAGAUUAUUCGCCUAUGUACACACUCUUACACCACAUUGGUCCUAACUUUGACUCGACCUCGAUAGAAUUACAAGUAGCUUGAUAACAGAAUAUCUUUAUCCAAAUAUGC